ACCUCUAUUUCCUUUCACCUCCGUCGCCGUCGUCGUUCACCAUGCUCACUUCCCGUGGUGUCACCCGCCUCUCGAGGAGAGCGGUCAACAGUGCUAAGAACACAAACAGGUUCCUCAACACUGCUGCACCGGUUCUCUCAAGACUCUCAGUUCCUUCCUCCGCACCCCAACAAAACGGAGCCGUACGCCCUUCCCGUGCAACGUCACAACCUGCGCGCUCUUAUGCAACGGAAGCAAAGGCUGCCAUUGGUUCUGUAAAAACGGUCAUUGGUGCCGUCGUCGACGUUCAGUUCGAGACUGAGAACCUUCCUCCGAUUCUCAACGCUCUCGAGGUCCAAGACUUCCAUGGUGGUCGUUUGGUCCUUGAGGUCGCGUCGCAUCUUGGCGAGAACUCUGUUCGUACUAUCGCUAUGGACGGUACAGAAGGUCUCGUUCGUGGCCAAAAAGUGAUUGAUACCGGUGCACCCAUUCAAAUUCCUGUUGGCGUUGCUACUUUGGGCCGUAUCAUGAACGUUAUUGGUGAGCCAAUCGACGAACGUGGGCCUAUCGUUGGUACCAAGUUGUCACCUAUUCACGCCGACCCUCCUCCUUUCGUUGACCAAUCGACGACUGCUGAGGUAUUGGAGACCGGUAUCAAGGUUGUGGACUUGCUCGCUCCUUACGCUCGUGGUGGAAAGAUCGGUCUUUUCGGUGGUGCUGGUGUCGGCAAGACUGUGUUAAUUCAAGAGUUGAUUAACAACGUCGCCAAGGCUCACGGUGGUUUCUCGAUUUUCUGCGGUGUCGGCGAGCGUACUCGUGAGGGUAACGAUUUGUACCACGAAAUGAUUGAGACCGGUGUCAUCAACCUCGAGGGUGACUCCAAGGUAGCUCUUGUCUUUGGUCAGAUGAACGAGCCCCCGGGUGCCCGUGCCCGUGUUGCCCUUACUGGUCUCACCAUUGCCGAAUACUUCCGUGACGAGGAAGGCCAGGACGUGCUUCUGUUCAUCGACAACAUUUUCCGUUUCACCCAGGCUGGUUCUGAAGUGUCGGCUUUGCUCGGUCGUAUCCCUUCUGCUGUCGGUUACCAACCAACCCUUUCAACUGAUAUGGGUGGCAUGCAAGAGCGUAUCACUACCACCAAGAAGGGUUCCAUUACUUCCGUGCAGGCCGUAUAUGUUCCUGCUGAUGAUUUGACGGAUCCCGCUCCUGCUACUACUUUCGCCCAUUUGGACGCCACCACUGUUUUGUCUCGUGGUAUUGCUGAACUCGGUAUCUACCCCGCUGUUGACCCUCUCGACUCUAAGUCGCGUAUGCUUGACCCCCGUAUUGUUGGCCAGGAGCACUACGAUGUCGCUACCGCUGUGCAGAAGAUCCUGCAAGACUACAAGUCCCUCCAGGAUAUUAUUGCCAUUCUGGGUAUGGACGAGUUGUCAGAAGAGGACAAGCUCACUGUCGAGCGUGCUCGUAAGAUCCAGCGUUUCAUGUCGCAACCUUUCCAAGUCGCUCAGGUCUUCACUGGUUACGAGGGCAAGCUUGUGCCCCUCAAGGACACCGUCCGCUCGUUCAAGGAGAUCCUCUCGGGUGCACACGACAACUUACCUGAAUCUGCUUUCUACAUGGCUGGUACGAUUGAAGACGUCAAGUCUAAGGCUGAGCAGCUUGCUAAGGAGAUCAGUGGCAACUAGAUAUACCAGACUAGGGUGACGUGAUCUGUAGCUGACCGUCGGAUUUUGCUAUAUUAUCUCGCGCAUACUUCAUAUGCCUAUCGUGCUGAGGUUGGCGGGCGGGUAUAAUAGAGUAGAGAGGAUGUUAAAACCAAAAAUUAACUGUUUUUUAUCAUCUUUGCUGAAUUGU